AUGCUUGGAUCUCUAUUGAACCGUGGGGCCUUGUCCCUGACGGUUGUCUUGCUUCUGACAUCCUCUGCCGUGGCGGAUGUUUUUGAGAAGUUGACUCAUGUGCCGCAGGGAUGGAUUCACACCCGAAGCCCUCGCGGCAAUCAACCCAUUCGUCUGCAGAUCGCCCUUGCGCAGAGCGAUGUCGAGGGAUUUGAGAAGGCCGUGAUGGAUAUGUCGACCCCUGGCAACGCCAACUAUGGCAACCACUUCCAGACCCACGAGGAGAUGAAGCGCAUGCUGCAGCCGAGUAGCGAUGCUGUGGAUUCAGUUCGUGCAUGGUUAGAGGAUGCCGGCAUUACGCAGAUCGAGCAGGACGCCGAUUGGAUCUCCUUUGAAACCACCGUAAACACAGCCAAUGAGCUGCUGGAUGCGAACUUCCAAUACUAUAUGAACCGUGUGAAGCACGUUGAGCGUCUCCGCACUUUGGAAUACUCGAUUCCGGACUCUCUGACUUCCCAUAUCAAUCUCGUGGCACCUACCACGCGUUUUGGUCAGCUGCAUGCAGAGCGUUCUACUAUGCACACCAAAUCUAAGCGCCCGACGGAGUCGUUCCGGAAGGCUACUGCUGAUGGAGACUGCAACAACUCUAUUACUCCUCAGUGUCUUAAGCAGUUGUACAAAGUUGACGAUUAUGAGGCCGACACCGGCAGCGGCAGCAAAGUGGGCUUUGCCAGUUACCUUGAGCAGUACGCUCGUUUCUCAGACCUAGAGCUGUUCGAGAAGAACAUUGCUCCCUAUGCCAAGAAUUCAUUUUCGGUCGUUACUUAUCAUGGCGGCGAGAACAAUCAGAGCUACCCCGGUGACGCUAGCGAGGCCAACCUGGACGCCCAGUAUAUCGUCGGCAUGAGCUCUCCUAUUCCAGUUACUGAGUUCAGCACUGGUGGCCGAGGGCCGCUUGUCCCAGACUCAGCGGAACCAAGCCAGAAUAACGAUCAGAAUGAGCCGUACCUGGAAUUCUUGCAGAAUGUGCUUAAGAUGGACAAGGAUGAUCUACCGCAGGUGAUCUCCACCUCGUACGGGGAGGAUGAACAAAGCGUGCCCGAGAAGUACGCCCGCAGCGUGUGCAACCUGUUCACUCAGCUGGGCAGCCGUGGUGUCUCCGUCCUCUUCUCGUCUGGCGACUCGGGCGUUGGAGGAGAUUGCGUAACCAACGACGGCUCCAACCGCACUCACUUCCUUCCCCAGUUCCCCGCGGCUUGUCCGUGGGUGACUUCGGUCGGUGCGACGACUCACAUGUCGCCCGAAAGCGCCGUGUCUUUCUCGUCGGGUGGGUUCUCAGAUGUGUGGGAGCGCCCUUCCUACCAGAACGACGCAGUCAGCGCCUACCUUGAGGUUCUGGGCGACCAGUAUGCUGGUCUAUUUAACCCCAAGGGCCGGGCCUUCCCCGACGUUGCUGCCCAGGGCGCAAACUUCGCCGUAUAUAGCGCUGGCUCUCUCGUCAGCCUGGAAGGUACCUCGUGCUCUUGUCCGACAUUUGCUGGAGUUAUUGCUCUGCUCAACGAUGCCCGUCUGCGCGCGAACAAACCUGUUAUGGGCUUCCUUAAUCCCUGGAUCUAUGCCAACGGGGCCUCCGUUCUGAAUGAUAUCACUACUGGCGGUAGCACUGGCUGCUCCCAAGGCCAGGGCAUUAGUGCCAGCUGGAACGCUACUAAGGGCUGGGACCCUGUCACGGGUCUCGGCACUCCUAACUUUGCGGAAAUGAAGAAGGUGGCUGUUGGCAACUAG